AUGGCCCCUAUCGAGCGCAUCACUCUCUUCAACAUCCCCAAGGCCGAAGACCGCGCUCGUCUCCUGGAGCAGUACAAGGUCCUCGCGAAGACGGCUGUCAAGGAUGGAAAGCCGUAUAUCCUCAACGCCGCGGCUGGCGAGUCCUUCCCUGAUCCUCGCAACAAGGGCUUCAAUAUCUCUGUCAAGACCACCUUUGCGUCCAUGGAGGAUAUGGAGUACUACGACAAGGAGUGUGAGGCGCACAAGGCGUUGAAGGCUAUGGUGGACGGGGUUAAGCAGGACGCUCUGACGACUUUCUUCCAGAGUGUUCUUUGA